AUGGCAUAUAAAAGUAUUUUUAAGCCUGGCCUAUUCAAAGAUGAUGUUGCAUUGGUUACAGGCGGUGGAACAGGAAUCGGAAGAUGUAUAGCGCAUGAAUUAGCAAGUCUUGGAGCGACAGUCAUUAUUGCGGGAAGAAAAAUAGAGAAACUUCAAUCGACUGCUCAAGAAAUGCGUAAUGCUGGAUAUAAAGUUGACAUAACCCAACUCGACAUUCGCAAUCUAGAUGAGAUUAAAAAAUCCCUAAAUUAUAUAAUCAGCAAACAUGGAAAAUUAACUUGUCUCGUAAAUAAUGCCGGAGGACAAUUCGCAGCCCCAGCAUCAGAAAUUUCGCCGAACGGAUGGAAAACCGUAAUUGAUCUAAAUCUAAAUGGGACGUGGAUGAUGUGUUGGGCUGCAUAUCAUGCUUGGAUGGGAGAACACGGGGGGAGGAUUGUGAAUAUUACAGCUGCCGCUCGCAAUGGAAUUCCAUUCAUGGCUCACACGGCAGCGGCCCGUGCAGGAAUUAUGAAUCUUACCAAGACACUCUGCGUUGAAUGGGCACCUCAUGGCAUUCGUAUUAACUCACUUGCACCAGGCACAAUAGUUGGAAGUGGCAUGACACGCUAUCCAAUCUCAGUGCAACAGACAGCUGCUGACAAUCAUUGGAUGAAUCCUUCGGGAAGAUAUGGAACAGAAGCCGAAGUCUCAUCAGCUGUAGUUUAUUUGCUCUCUCCUGGAGCCGCUUAUAUUAACGGCAUUACAGUUAGAAUGGAUGGUGGUCGUGACCUAUCGAAGACCAGUUUCCAGCGUGAAAGCAAGAUUCCUAUAUAUGAUGGCGGAUUGUCAGUUGAGACGAACGAACUGUUCAUGAAAUUAUGGGGGGAUUACAAGCAAAUAGGGAAAAGUAAACUUUAA